AUGUUCUUCUACUCCUUGGUCGUCGCCGUUCAGGCUAGUAUAGCCCUCGCCAUCCCUCUCGCCAAUCCAACUGUUUCCCUGGACUCGGCAACUGUAACCGGGAUAACUGAAGGACAAGUGUCGAAGUUCUUCAGCAUACCGUAUGCUCAGCCUCCAACUGGAGAUCGACGAUUCCGUGCACCAGAGCCCGUAACACCUUACACUGGAUCGAUCAAUGCCACCUCCAUAAAACCCGUCUGCCCACAGCAAAAAUCUGAGCUUCCUAGUAAACCCAACGGGGUUGAUGAAAAGGUCUAUGACUUUGUUACCGGGAAACUUGAAGCGGCUAACGUUCCCGAGUCUGAAGACUGUCUCAAUCUCAAUGUGCUUAAACCUGUGAACGCGACUCCCGAGUCCAAACUUCCUGUCGUUGUGUGGAUCUUUGGCGGCGGAUUCCAGGCUGGAUUCUCCACUCAAUUGGACGGCAGUACCGUAGUCGAGAAGUCUAUCAACCUGGGCCAGCCGGUUAUUCAUGUCUCCAUGGAUUAUCGUUCGAAUGGCUUCGGCUUUAUGGCCAGUCAAGAAAUCAAAGCUGCGGGUGUUGGCAACCUUGGCCUUCGUGAUCAAAGAGAAGCAUUGCGAUGGGUGCAAAGAUAUAUCGGUGCAUUUGGUGGAGACCCUACGAAGGUCACAAUUUGGGGUCAAUCCUCUGGAGCCAUCUCUGCAGCACUUCAGAUGGUCACCAACGGUGGUGACACCGAGGAUCUUUUCCGCGCUGCGUUCUUGCAGUCUGGGGCUCCCAUUUCAGUGGGAGACAUAUCUCAUGGUCAAGUCUAUUACAACCAGGUCGUGUCUGAGACAGGCUGUUCAGAAGCAGUUGACACACUUGCAUGCUUGCGAACUGUUCCGUACCAAAAUCUGUCGGAUGCAAUUAACAAUACUCCCCCGAUUUUCAGUUAUCAGUCCCUCCAUCUGACGUGGUUGCCACGGGUUGAUGGUGACUUCAUCACCGAUGUCCCAGCACAUCUAGUGCAACAAGGCAAAGUUGCGAAUAUUCCAUUUGUGUCUGGUAAUUGUGACGACGAAGGAACCUUGUUCUCCUUUACAAGUUUGAACGUGACCACUGACGAUGCAGUCCGGGAAUAUCUGAGAACCGUUCUCCUACCCUCCGACGUCCCUGAAGCAGAAAUUGACAACCUCAUGCGAGUGUAUUCAGCAAAUGUCACUGAAGGCUCUCCCUACGACACCGGAUAUUUCAACGCCCUAACACCCCAAUUCAAACGCCUCGCAUCAAUUCAAGGCGAUUUAGUUUUCCAAGCUCCCCGUCGGUUCCUCGUCCAGUCGCUCGGCGGAAAACAAGACACAUGGUCAUUCGUGAGUAAGCGCCUGAAAUCCACUGCGUUCAUUGGAUCUGGCCACGGAACAGACCUUUUGAACGUCUACGGAGGUGGUGAUAUGGCCGACUACCUCAUACGCUUUGCUGCGAAUCUGGAUCCUAAUGGAAACACUGGGAUUGAUUGGCCAAAGUACACCACAGCGACGCCUAAUAUGUUGACCUUCCAGGAUGAUGCUCUGCAGAGAUUGGUAAUUACACAGGAUACAUACAGGAAGGAAGCUCUACAAGUCGCUACGAGGGUGCUUAUGGAGCAUCCGUUGUUAUAA